GAGGAAAAAAAGGAGCACCCCAGAGAAUGCUGGGUUGUUCCCUUGACUGCUUACACUGUGCUAAUGAGGUGUCUCCGGGAAGGGGAAGACCGGGUAGUGAACCACUUGGCAGCAAAGAUCAUUGAAAAUGUUUGCACUACUCUCUCAUGCCAUGCACGAGGAUUUAUUACAGGAGAAAUUGGACCUGUCUUGUGGUACCUUUUCACACAUUCUACAGUAGAUUCUCUGAAGAUAACUGCUGUUUCGGCUUUAUGCAGAAUUACUCGUUACUCAGCCAAUGCUUUCCAGAGUGUCAUUGAAAAAGUGGGAUUAACAGCUGUACUAAAUUCCUUGGCAAAUGGAAUAUGCAAAAUUCAGCAGUACAUGCUCACCAUGUUUUCGGCAAUGUUGUCAUGUGGGAUUCAUCUACAGAGGCUGAUUCAAGAAAAGGAUUUUGUGACUACAGUUACUCGUUUACUUGAAAGUCCUUCAACUUUUAUUCGAGCAAAAGCCUUUCUGGUCCUGCUACAAGUUUUAAUUAAUAACAGGGAGAUGUUGCUACUCAGUUGUCAAGCAAGACUCGUGAUGUAUAUUGAAAGAGACAGCAGAAAGACCACACCAGGAAAAGAGCAGCAAGGUGGCAGUGAAUACCUGUCAAAAUGCCUGGAUCUUCUCAUCUAUCACAUAGUGCAGGAGCUGCCAGGAAUUCUAGGUGACAUUCUCGCUGCCUUAACUAAUGUAUCUGGACGUAAACACCCAUCAACGGUUCAGGCCAAACAGCUGAAGAUGUGCCUUCCCAUGAUGCCUGUAGUGCUUCAUCUUGUAACAUCCCAGGUAUUUCGUCCCCAGAUAGUCACAGAGGAGUUUCUUUUCAACUACGGAACCUUACUUAAUUUUAUUAGAUUGAUAGAUUCAGGAGAAACAAACUUGGAUGGAGCAAUAGGGCAAGCUGCAUCAGAAGAAUUUAUUAAGACUACUUUAUCAACCUUUGAAGCAGUAACACAACAUCCUGUCUUGCUGACAAUCCAUCGCUUGACUGUUGAAGACUGUGUCCUCCCACCACUAGUUUCUUUGGUCCACAGUCAGAAUGUGGAAUGGAGACUCUUCAGCUUGCGGUUGCUCUCAGAAACCACAUCACUGCUUUUAAGCCACGAGGUCAUGGCUGAGGAGAAAGGGGAGAGCCUCGACUCAAACAGCAAGCUUCUGUCUCUCAUUAGAGAUUCAUUGCUGCCUCAGUAUGAGCAUAUUCUGAUGGCUCCAGACCCAGUACCAUUGUAUGCUCUGAAGCUGUUGGUGGCCCUGACUGAACACAGCCCUACUUCUGUGAG